AUGAAUACCAGCAGCCUCGCCCUUGCAACCGCCGCCGCCGGUUCGUCUUCCUCUCGGCGUUCAAGCUGCUGGAAGUACGACGUGUUCCUGAGCUUUAGAGGCGAGGACACACGCACUAGGUUCACAGACCACCUCUCCAUUGCGUUACGCAGUGCCGGAAUCACCACGGUCAUAGACUACAAGCUCAAAAAGGGGGAGAAUAUACAGAGAGAAAUUGACCGACAAAUCGAAGGAUCGAGGAUCGCGGUCGUCGUCUUCUCAAAGAGUUACGCGGAGUCCCGAUGGUGCCUGAGGGAGCUGUCGAUGAUCAUGAGGUGCCGAGAAGAUCAAGAGGGGAAAGUAGUCUAUCCUAUAUUCUACGACGUUGACCCUUCGAAAGUGAGGAAACAGAGUGGUAGUAUUGGGGAAGCAUUUCAGAAGCAUGAAAGGGAUGAAGACCCAAAUGAGGUCGAGCAGUGGAGAAAGGAUCUUAAGGCUUCUGCAGAUUUGGUUGGCCGGAAUCUUGAAACCACUGCGGACAGGCGUGAAGGAGAAUUUAUCCAGAAAGUUGUUGGGGACAUCAACGGACUACUAAAAACCAGCGACUUAAAAGAAGCCAAGCACUCAGUUGGUAUAGCUUUUCGCGUGGAAGAAUUCAGUAUUAAAUACUUAGAUGUUGGAGGUUCACAUGAUGUUCAAAUAAUUGGAAUUUGGGGUAUGGGCGGCAUAGGUAAAACAACGCUUGCUAGAACCAUUUAUAGCACAUACCAUCAUAGUUUCCAUGGUCAAUGUUACCUUGAGGAGGUGAGGAGUAAAAAGAAAAAUAUGGUUAGUCUGCAAGAACAACUUCUUCGAGAUAUUUUGAAAUGGCCUGACAUUAAAAUAAGUAGUGUUGCCGAAGGGACCAAGGAGAUAGAGAAAAGACUUGGAAGCAUGAAGGUACUCAUCGUAGUUGAUGACAUAGAUGAUGCGGACCAAUUAGAUGAAUUGGCGAUAGAACAUGACUCGUUUGGUCCAGGAAGUAGGAUUAUUUUAAUAGCAAGAGAUGAACAAGUGCUGAAUAUACAGAAGGUGCAAAAAAAAUAUAAGGCACAAACGAUGACGGAUGAAGAAGCUCUUGAGCUCCUUAGUUGGCAUGCGUUUGGAAAUCAUUGUCCUGAUAAAGAAUAUAUUGAACUUGCAAGAGGUGUUGUUGAUUAUUGUGGAGGAUUGCCGCUAGCUCUUAAAGUCGUAGGCCGUUUGUUGGCUACGAAAAAGAGUAAAAGCAUAUGGAAAAGUACAUUGGAUAAAUUGAGAAAUAGUUCCACAUGA